AUGACGCUUCUGCGCACCUUUGCCGCGUCCUGUGUGGCCCUCACGGCGCUGCAAUGCACCGCCGUCAGCGCCAGCAACUGCACCGAGGACGAACAGUCGACUAUCGAUAGCGUCUACGCCGCUCUGGCCAACGGCACUGCCUGCUCCGACCUCAUGGCGGACUCAGGCGUCUCGUCGCUCGACUACUGUAUGCAGAACGACUGCAUUUCGGAGCUCAGUACGGCUAUUGAGGGACUACCAGCCUGCACGGGCGAAGAUGGGGCUGAACGCAAGACCGCGUUGCAGUCGAUCGUGGACUAUUGUGCCGAUGUGACUGAAGUGACCGACAGAUCGGCCUCGGGCAGCGGUCCUGGCAACGAUCCCGUCGUUUCGGCAGCCUCGAGGGACGUUUUGGCCACCAGCGCCAUUAUCGCGCAGCUUUUCAUGGUCAUCUACUUUGUCGCAGCACUUUCAUGA